AGCAGCUGGGAGGCCCUUUCAGUCGUGGGGGGCAGGUACCACGCGCCCAUCGCCUUGCCGAGGCCCUAGCGCUGCUGGGUGGAGGGAUCCCCAUUAACCCAGCAAUGACCCCCCCACACACGGGCCCCAGGCUGAGCUGAGCUCCGCCCAGCUGGGCUUGCAGGAGGUGCCGUCAGCAGGUACGUGGGGGCAGCCCAGGGUCUGGGGCAUCACUUGGGAAGGGGGUGUCCCCCAGCAACAAGCCCCAGGCCCCCCAUGACCACGUGGUGUCCCGCAGAGCAGUCGGGGAGCGGGCAGCAUUCAUGGGGUUCAGCUGCAGGUCCUGCCAUCGUCCAUGGCCCAGCCAGGCGCCAGUGGGUGCUGGGGGGAGCAGGGUGUCUGCAGGGCACCGGGAGAGGGGCCAUGCCAGGUAUCCUGGCAGGGGCCAGGCUGCAGGCCCGGCUGGGGAGCUGCGUGUGUUUCAGGGCGUGCACGGUCCAAGCACUCUGAGUGUGUGUGUGCAUGCUGCGUGCCUGUCUCCCCGUGUGCACGCUCUGUUCCGGCUGCUGGCAGGCUGGCACUCACCCGCCCGCACAAAGAGCUGCUCCCGACACAGCCCUGGCGCAGAGCUCCCAAGCUCGCAAGCAGCCCGUGGGCGCAGGCAGCCCCCAGCCCUCCCUCUCCGCGGAGCGCUCCCUCGUGGGCUCGCCCGGCUCACCACGCCCGGACAAGCAAGUCCCCUGGGACCAUGCUGGGCUGCCCAGUGCUGGGGGGCCAUGAGCCAUGGGGGGCACCGGGCACUGGGCACCUGCAGAUCUGCAAGCGGACGGACCUGCUGGUGGUUGAGAUUAACACGGUCUCUUGUUGCAGCCACGGCAGCGCCAUGGACCCAGGGCACUGGCCCGCACGGGGCUCCGGCACCCCCUGGAUCUACCGGAGCAUCUCGGGGGAGUACGCGUGUCUGGAGAAGCGCCUCGCGGCUGAGCUGUGGCCGGCCCGGCGCCCGGGGCCCCGUGCGCACCAGGACCCCACGUGGAGCAAGACGAUUCCUCCGCAGCACCUGCCCUCCAGCGGCGACCCCCUGCUGGGGAAGGGGGCGCCAGGGGACUGGGACGCCCCCAACGAGAGGAAGCCGAGGGGCGGCUCGGAGGGCAGGAGGGGCCUGGGCUGGGCAGCCCCCCCAGAGAGGAGGGGGCAAGGGGCAGCGGCCAGCGUCCUGGGCAGGAGGCGGCUGGCAGGGAGCGCCGGGGGGGCACCCCCAGCCGGGCCCCCCAGCUAUGAGACCCACAUGCUGAGGCGGCUCCGGGUGGGGCAGGGCAGCCGCAAGCCGAACGAGCCGCGGCCCCCACCCUAUGUCUCGCCCCCCGCCUACGACGCACCCCACCGCACCCUCCCCACCAAGCGGCCCCGCGCCGCCCCCAAGCCGCCGGCUGCCAAGCGGGGCCGGGCAGCACCCCAUGGGAAGGGGCCCGCCGGAGGCAGCCCGGAGCCCACCCCCUGCUCAGGCCGCCCCCGGCAGCGGCUGGCCAGGCUCCCCGAGGAGGUCCUGGGUGGCUGGAGCUACCACGCGGGGUCGGGCUCCCUGGGGCGCCGGGCUGGGUCAGGGCUCUUCUGCCCGGGGCUGGAGGGCGCGGUGCGACCCACGGCCCGGGGUGGCUCGGCCGACUCCCUCUUCCGCCCGCUGUCCACCCCAGACGGUGGCAGCCACACGCUGCCCCGGGCAUCCGGAGAGGCUGGCAGGGCCCAUGGCUCCGGGGGCUGGGAUGCAGGGGGGCCCAGCUCUGCCCCGGGAUGGCAGCGACUCCCCUCCGGCUGGGGCUUUGGCUAUGCGCCCAGCUCCAGGGGCAGCGCCGGGAGUGGGCAGCGGGAGGGCUGGGAGCAGAGGGGCCGGCCAGAACGCAGGGCACCCCCUUCUCCCCACCCCGCGGGGAAGGCACCUGGCCAGUCCCCCACAACCGAAGGCCGAAGCUGCCAUGGGGGCGUCUUUGUGAUCGAUGCCACCUGCGUGGUGAUCCGCGCCGAGUACAUCCCGCCCCCCCGGCGGAAGCAGGUGCAGCUCCUGGGGUCCCCCCCGCCCCGGGACCCGGCCUCGCCAUGCCAGAGGCUGCUCUUGGCCAGCCGACCCCACCUUGGGGCCUCCGAGUGGGCGGCAGGGCCCCCACCGCCUUCCCCUUCCCACGGGGCCGGCUCCCUGGGGGAGAGGGCGGCUCGCAUCUUGGGGCUCCCCACGGCCGAGCUGGGCCUGGUGGAGCAGCAAGGGUCCUGUGCCCCGCAAGAGACCCCUGGGCGCUGGGGCCAGCAGGCAGGAGCAGCCCUUCCUGGCAGCCCGGAGCCGCUGGUGGGGGUCCCCAGAGUGCAUGGGCUGCCCAGCCCGGCUGCUUCCCCCGAAGAGCCGCCGGGGGUCCCGUGCAGCAGGGAGACCCCUGGGGAUGGCACCCAUCCACCAGCGGACCCCGGGCCGGGUUGGGGCAGGGAGGCUCCCGGGGACGGUGCCAGUCGCGGCGAGCCGCAGGCCCUGCGUCCCCGAGCCCGGCCCGGCGCCAAGCGCCCGGCGCUCUGCACCCGCGACCUGCGCGAGGCCGUGUCCCGCAUCCGCCGGCACACGGCGCCCGACUCGGACACGGACGAGGAGCCCGAGGGCCCGGCCCCGCGCAGCCCUGUGGCCUGGGGGGGGCGCCCGCGCCACGACGCCCUGGCCUACAGCAGCAGCAGCCUGGAGAGCAGCGGCUCCGACGCCACCGUCCGCCCGGCCGGCCAGGGGGGGCUCCCGGGGGCCGGGGCGGGACCCAGCCCUGAGGCUGGGCGGCCAGGGGGGUUGGAGUUGAGCGGGGCCGGGGCAGCGGGGCCCAGAAGGGGGUGAGGGCAAUGGAAGGGCCCUGCCCCACUCGUGCACCCUGCGCUUUUUUCCCCUUGCCCCUGCCCUCCUCUCUCUUUCUCACAUAUUUAGGAGGGGCGGGGCCUGGCAGGGCGUGUCCAUGAGGGGCGUGUCCUGACAGGGUGUGGCUUGGUGGGGUAUGGCUGAGCCGGGCAACUCAAAUACCCCUUAGUUUUGGGAGAACAAGGCUGACCCCCAGAAGGGCUCAUCACCAGGGGUGGGGCUGGGAGCCCAGAGGGGUGCAGGGAGCCGACUGGAACGGACGCACCGGGUUAGACCCAGCUAGGCCCCCCAGGCCGGGCUCCCUCUCACGCCAUCUGCGUAGUCAGUGCCGGCCUGGCACCCCGGGCCCUGUCACCGUUCCUGGCAGAGCCGUAACAAGGCGUUUUAGCGCCUGUGGUGAGCAAGCAUAUUUGCACACACUCCCAUCGGGUUUUUUCACCAUUUUUACACCCCAUUCCCCCCCCACCCCCCGUGCCUUUGCACCCUGGGCAGCUGCCCCACUCACCCUGCCCUGGAUACGGCCCUGCCAGGGGGCAGUUAAUGGAGGAUUCUGUGUCUGUACCCCAGAAUCUUCUGUGUGAAUUGAGCCUGCUGUAAAAUGUUCCACAGAGAAAUAAACCCCUGGGGGGGCCUCUGCCCCGGCCUUGUUGCCCUGUCUGUGAGUUUAUACCCUGACCAACCCCUCGCUACUUGCAGCUGCCCGGGCCUGGACUCCUGUGCAGCUUUGCUGACAAACAGCU